GCCAGGUUGUCAGUUGUUUGUCGCUCAAACGGGAACUCUUUGCUGUACUCUUCAUGUCAACGAUUGUAUCACUUUCCCCCAUAUAUUGUCAUCAUUAGUGUUAAAACAGCCAUGUCUCGGUUACUGUGUUUAUCACGGGGUCUCAUAUGCACACGGUGUAAAUACAGUGUUCAGAAAUCCGAGCCCUUUGUGUCUUUGUUGACAUCCAGAGGGAAGUUGAGAGAUCAGCUGAAGAGGUUGAUUUCGACAGGCAGAAGACCCGUCCUCACGACCUGCAACAGCAGACACCCGCUCCUGUGGCUGUUCGGUAUCGGGACGGGUGUUGUUCUGGCUCUAGGGCUGAAAUAUCGCGCUUCUGAGUCUGGACGCUGUGAAAGUAACGUGCAGAAGACGCUCAGAGUCACUGAAUACACAGCCGCUAUAGAAACCAGCAGAGACCUGCUGCAGCGGAUAAAGGUACAGGAUGAAGUUGGAGCUCCUGGGAUGGUUAUCGGAGUCUCCGUGGAUGGCAGGCAUGUUUGGUGUGAAGGAGUUGGCUAUUCAGAUCUGGAGAACAGAGUGCCUUGUGGUCCAGACACAGUGAUGAGAAUCGCCAGCAUCAGUAAACCUCUGACUGCAGCCGCCGUUGCCAGACUCUGGGAGGAUGGUAAGAUAGAUCUAGACGCUCCUGUCCAAAAAUACGUGCCAGAGUUCCCGCAGAAGCAAUUUGAAGGGGCAGAUGUCACAAUAACGCCCCGGAUGCUCCUGUCCCACUUGAGUGGCAUCCGUCACUACGAGAAAGAUGCCAAGAAAGUGCGAGAGGACAAAGAGAAAGCCAAGCGCCUUCUGAAGCCCGCGGAGAAGAAAGAGGAGAAGGCCUCAGACGAAAACAAAGAGAAGCCGAAAGCGGAGGACAUCGGCGCUAAAAGCAAAGAAGCUAAAGAAGGCCGAAAGAGGAAAAAAGAGUUCGAGCAGGAGGAGUAUUACCUCAAAGACAACUUUGAGAAUGUCAUCCAGGCUCUGGACUUAUUCAAAGACGAUCCUCUGAUUUUUAAACCCGGUUCCACGUUCCUGUAUUCGACGCAUGCGUACACCCUGCUGAGCGCCGCGGUGGAGAGAGCGGCAGGGCAGCGCUUCCUCGACCACAUGAUGAAGAUGUUUAGAGAGCUGGGCAUGCUGAACACCGUGCCGGACGAAAACGACCCUAUCAUAUACAAGCGCUCUAGGUUCUACCACUUCAAUAAAAAGGGUCGCGUUGUGAACUGCCCCUAUGUGGACAAUUCAUACAAAUGGGCCGGAGGUGGAUUUCUGUCCACGGCGGGUGACCUUCUGCUGUUCGGUAACGCUCUGCUCUACAGCUAUCAGAUGGCCGAGCUGAAGAACACAGACGGACUGCUUCCUGGCUUCCUCAAGCCCCGCACUGCCAAAGCCAUAUGGGCACCGGUGGACAAAACGGAGGCGUCGUGGGACAAAGACGGACUGUAUGCCCAGGGCUGGCUGGUGGUGGAGAAACAGCAGAAAUACGGGCAGUGCCGCAGCCGCAGGCAUUACGUCUCACACACGGGGGGCGCCGUGGGGGCCAGCAGCGUCCUGCUGGUGUUACCCAGCCAGAGCAAACACGGUCCUCCACGGGGGGUGGUGGUGACCAUCAUCACAAACAUGCAGUCGGUGGGGCUCAACGCCACCGCUCUGAAGAUCGCGCAGGAGUUCGACAAGGCCAGGGAUGAAACACCGCCCUGAUCCCUUUGUAGUCUUUUAAGAGGUUGGUGGUGAAUAUCGUGCUGAGGUGUUCAUGUCCUCGUUUUUAAUUCAACAUUUGUGCCAAGCACUUGAUUUGAUAGCUUUAGACGUAAUAAGGAAUAUGUUGAAGAAAUAAAAAGGUAUUAUGUCAUCUUUUACAACCUCAUAGUCAUUUAAAGUCUUUGUGCAAUACUUGUGCUUUUUAAAAUGCAUUUCACACCUGAGUCCUCAAGUGAACUGAAUAAAGGGUCAAAACGUGACAAACUGUA